UUCUUGAGUCGUUUGCUGUUUUUGUCUUGAUUGAAUGUUGCCGCGAAAUUCAUCAACAUAACUUUACGUCGUACACUAAUGGUGGCCAUAUGAAGCCCUAUAUACCCAAAAACGUCGUUUUAACGCAAAAAUGUCAGCGAGCGAGGACGAAACACGUCAGCGACUAAAGGCGGCCGUCCAUUUCACGGUCGGUCGAGUUUGUCAAAAUAUGGGCGAGGAACACCGCAGAAAGUUCAGCCGACAAGUUGUAGCUGCCAUAGCAGAGACAGCCUUCGGACAAUGUGAUUUAUUUGCGAAAGAUUUGGAAGCGUUUGCAAAACAUGCAAAAAGAUGCACUGUGUCAGCAGAUGAUGUCAAACUUUUGGCCCGUCGCAGUACUGCAUUGUCAACGCACAUACAGAGGAAAAGCGAAGAAGUGGAACAAGAGCAGAAGGUGUUGAAAAAGAAGAGGAAGAACAAAGACACUGACGAGAGCAGACAAUAAAACAAAGGCAGGUCUUCCGUUCUCACUCUUGACCAUAACAUUUUGUUACACAUAUCAGUUAUGACAAAUUGUAUUUCAAUUGAAAAAGGGGUAGUGACUGUGACAGGAUUUUCACUGCAUAGUUCAAGGGACAAUUCCUCUUUUUUUUUUGUGUGUGUGGGGGGGAGUGGGGCUGUCAAGUGGAAUCACUGCCAGUGUAAAUGACUGUAUUUUGAAUUUACAUAUUUUUCUUUUCCUUUUUUAUGGGUGUUAAAUAGUUUAAUUGCUUCGUCGCCACAUGAAUUGUAAUUGUUCCAUGUAUUUGGUAAGCAACUUACAAGUGGAUCAAUUAAUGGACAACUAUUUUGUUAAUUAAUUCAUGGCAUCCCUUUUUAAUCAUUGCCUCAUUGUGAAAUGACACAUUUCCCCCAAACAUUUGUCCCGACUGUUGAUAAACUGAGGUGUGAGCCUCAAGUCACAAAUAAAGAAAUUGCAUUUUAGCCCAUGUUUUCAGUCUAAAUAUAACCGUAUUCUCUGUCACCUGAAAUACGGGGUGAUUAAAAAAAAAUGUGCC